UAAGGAAAGUUAUGAAAUUUUAACAUAUUAGGGCCUACCCACGUUAAGUUUUCGCGUGUAUGUUAUUUUUGAGUUUUGUUUUGGACCAAUUGAGAUAGACCCAGAUUUUGAAAUCUGCGAGUUACGUUGAGGUAACGAAUCUGAAGCCUAAGAAUAUAUCUGGUUAAUUCUGCAUGUGCUAUCUUAUGGGCGAGAAAGUGAAGUGAAGAUUGAAGAGAGAUGAAGAACUCUGGUUUGGAAAGUGGAAUGUUCAUUGACAGUGAUGAAGAUGUGGAGAAUGAUCAGCAUAAAUAUUUGAAUGAUGGAAACGAUUCGGAUUGUUCGAAUUACUCCAAUGAAAACCAUUCAAUGAGGAAACCCAGCAACUUCAACAUGGCAUGGCCUCAAAGUUACAGGCAAUCCAUUGAUCUAUAUGGUAGUGUACCAUCACCAAAUAUUGGAUUUCUGGGGACCACAUCCCUGUCAAGAUUAGGAAGUUCUUUUAUUUCUUCAUCUUUGACAAAGAGGCAAACUCUUGAAAUAUUACAACCAGAGAAAAAACCACUCUUGCAACCCACAGAAGAGGAGCAACUGCGACAUACCUUGCUUCCUUCACAGCUAUCUAGAAAGUCUUCCAUUAGGAAAGAUCCUUCCAAGGUUUCUCAUGAAGUUCACAUACCUGGCCAAUGCACUUUUGGACAAGCUGUGCUUAAUGGCAUAAAUGCCCUUUGUGGAAUAGGAAUCCUUUCAACCCCUUAUGCUGUUAAAGAAGGUGGAUGGGUUGGUCUUUCUAUAUUGUUAUUGUAUGCACUUUUUUCCUAUUACACUGGUUUGCUUCUGCGUUACUGCUUGGAUAGUUCACCUGGUCUUGAGACAUACCCUGACAUUGGCCAAGCAGCUUUUGGUACUAUUGGACGUGUCAUCAUAUCUAUAAUAUUAUACAUGGAACUAUAUGCUUGUUGCAUUGAGUACAUAAUUGUGGAGAGUGACAACUUAUCGACAUUAUUUCCAAAUGCACACAUUACUUUGGGUGGAAUUGAAGUGAAUGCACACAUAUUGUUUGCAAUAUUGACAGCUUUGGCUCUUCUUCCUACUGUUUGGCUUCGUGAUCUACGCAUUCUCAGUUACAUCUCAGCUUGUGGAGUUAUUGCAACGGUUCUAGUGGUUGUAUGCUUGAUCUGGGUUUGCUUGGUAGACAAAGCUGCCAUUGAUCAUAGCCAAGGAACAACGACCUUGAAUCUCGCAACUUUUCCUGUUGCAAUGGGUCUUUAUGGUUACUGCUACGCAGGACAUGCUGUGUUUCCAAAUCUCUACACUGCCAUGGCAAAUCGGAAUCAAUUUCCUGGAGUGCUCUUAGUAUGUUUUGCUAUUUGUACAAGUCUGUAUUGUGCAGUAGCUGUUGUUGGUUACUCAGCAUUUGGAGAAGGAAUACAUUCUCAGUUCACUCUUAACAUGCCCCAACACUUAGUAGCUGCCAAGAUAGCUGUGUGGACUACGGUGGUCAAUCCAUUUACCAAAUAUGCAUUGAGUCUAUCUCCAGUAGCAAUGUGUUUAGAGGAAUUGAUACCACCAAACCACCCCAGCUUCAACAUAUAUUCCAAGCUCAUUAGAACAGCUCUUGUACUUUCUACACUAGCCGUUGGUCUUUCAGUUCCCUUUUUUGGUUUGGUAAUGUCAUUAACUGGAUCUUUACUCACUAUGUUUGUUUCAUUGAUUCUUCCUGCUGCUUGUUUUCUAAGCAUAAGGAGUGGCAGAAUCUCAAGCUUUCAGGUAGCACUUUGUGUUACAAUUAUUAUUGUAGGUGUUGUAUCAAGCUGUUUUGGAUCAUACUCAUCCCUCGCUGAGAUCAUUGAGAAAUUGUUUGGAUAAAGUUUUGCAGUAUAAAUCCUAAACAAUGAGACAUGUAACAACCAAGGUCUAGUGCACUUGUUAUUAUUCUCUAUCGUUUUUUAUUUCUCACCCCAAAUGUUCAGUCAUUUUUCUUCAGCGCAUGAUUUCACAUUUGUUGCUGUCAUAGUGGUUAUUAUUCUGGUUUGUUUCCACAUCAGAAAAGGAAAUUUCGCUCAUGUUUGAUAUAUGGGAAUAGUUAAUCAUAGUGGAAGGCUCAAACCAAAUGGUCAAAGACUGGUUCAGAAUGUAUUUUUCUUCACAGAUAGUGUUAAUGUUUUGAAACAA